CCCUGAUGCUUCAUUUGUGGAUCUCCUCCUCCCCAUCAACAAAUCGAACCCCAUUCUCUCUCUCUUUCUCCCAAUUCCAUGGCGACAUUAGAGAAGAGACGGGUUCUCCUCCUCCUCCUCCUCCUCUUAACCCUAGCUUCUAGAACCUUCUCCUCCUCUUCGGACGCCAAUGGCGGAGGCGGAGGCGGAGGAGGAGGAGGAGGGGGGGCGGCGGAGGUGAUAGAGGUGGGGGAAAGGGGUUCGCCGAGGAGGUGGCCGGUGGUGUGGGCGGUGCAAGUAUCGGAUCUCCACUUCAGCGUCUUCCACCCCGAGAGGGCCCUCGAUUUCAAGAGGUACGCGGGACCCGCUCUCUCCCUCAUCAACCCCUCCCUCGUCCUCAUCACCGGCGAUCUCACGGAUGGAAAGAGCAAAGAUUUGUUAACGAUGAAACAGGAAGAGCUGGAGUGGAUAGAAUACCAAAAUGCCAUUGAUGAUGUUGUUGAAAGGAGUGGACUUGACAAGAGAAUUUUCUUCGAUGUCAGAGGGAAUCAUGACAACUUUGGUGUACCUGAAGUUGGUGGUGCAUAUGAUUUUUAUGGAAAAUAUAGUAUAAACUCUAGAUUAGGACGAGUUGGAAAUGUCCAGAGUGUAGCUCUACAGAAUAAUGGUUGGAAGCAUCUCUUCAUUGGAUUCGACAGUACAAUGGAUAUUGGCCUGCGAGGCCCGACCAAUUUAUUUGGACACCCAACCGACCAACUACUUGUAGAUAUAGACCAUGCACUGUCGCAAUGGGAUGACGAAUUUAUUAAAUCACCGGUAACAAAGAUCGCCUUUGGGCACUUCCCAUUAUCUUUCUCUGCAUCAGCAGAUACAGGAAGAACUCUGAAAGAUGUGUUUCUGAAGCAUUCUUUAUCCGCUUACUUAUGUGGGCAUCUUCAUACUCGAUUUGGGAAGAACUUAAAGCGUCACCAUGGACCAGGUUCAUCAGGACGAUAUGGUCAAUUUAACAUUCAUGAAGGAAUUUUGAGUACUGGGCAUAGUCAAAACUGUUCUGAGAAAGAAGAGCCCAUCAAGGAAUUCUGGGAGUGGGAGAUGGGUGAUUGGAGAAAGAGCAGAGUUAUGAGGAUACUAGCAAUCGAUUCUGGCCAUGUCUCGUAUGUUGAUAUUGAUUUCAAAUUCGGCUCUAGGGAUGUACUCAUACUGCCUACUUUUCCGUUGGACUCUCGAUUCAUGCAAAGGAUGUCAUCUCCUCACGAUGUUGAAUGUAGUAAAAAGAAAGCAUCAUCUUUUGGAUCCGUGCGAACUUUGAUAUUCUCGAAGAAUGAGAUUUUAUCAGUUUCAGCAAAGAUAUACGAUUUGAGGCCAGGGAAUCUUCAAUUGGUUCUUGAUUCACCGAUGAAGAAGCUCGAAGGAAAUAAUACUAGGGGAGAUUUGUAUGUGUUACCGUGGAAUUGGAAAGCGUUUAUAGACCCAUCACCUGAUCGAUAUUGGCUUCAAAUUGAAGCAACAGAUGUAACAGGAGAGACAAGCUACAGCCAAUUGAGGCCGUUCUCCAUUAAUGGUCUAACUGCAAAAGUUAGCUGGACAUGGAAGGAAUUUUUUGUAAUGGGUUGUCAGUGGGCUGCAAUAUAUCAACCUGCUCUAUGGUCUACAUUUGCACUUCUCUUCUCAAUGCUUCUUAUCCCGCAAGCUUCUCUUAUGAUCUUCAAGAAGCACUUCACUCACAAAUAUCUAACCCCUAAUUUCAGUGGGAGGACUGUUAGGGAGUGCUUAAUUUACGGCGUGCUUUGGGUUUUCGUAGAGCUUUCGAGAAUGACUUUAAUAUGGUCUGGGAUUUUGCUUUAUCUGCUAUACUUGCUAUUUUUCCCCUGGUUUUUUGGUCAUGCUAUCACUGAAAAUAGCAAUAGUAUCUACAUGACUUACAGAGGUUGGGCUGUCAAAAGUUUUAAUGGCCGUCAGCAUGUCGGAGUGCCUGAUGUGAUGGUUAUUGUUCUACCUCAUCUUUGCUUUGUGGUGUUGCCUACUAUUGUAGUUACAGCCGCCCUGGCUGCAGAAAGAACAGCGUAUCGUCGGCACUUCCUCUCUCUAUCAGGUAAAAAAGAAGAUGAUUACUGUAAAGAGAGCAAGAGGAACGCAAAACACGGAAGUAGUUGGAGUGGUCGUUGGAUUAGAAAGUUCCUUUUGGUGGUCUGUCUGGUGAUUUUGUGGAGGCAUUGGAAGCAUUGCAGAGCUUUGGUGAAGGCAUAUGAGAUGAACCCAUUCAUUCACUCCCCCAUCUACUGCUUCUGGGUUCCAGCACUAUUAAUUCUUUCCAUCUACAAGACUUCGGCAAUUUAGUUGCGAGUUCACGAACAGCUAGAGAAUCGGGCCCAUCCAUGCUAUCUUUGAGGUAUGGAUUUCGAAAGGAGCAUAUGAAUACUGCUGAAUUGAAGACGAUCCGAAAACAGACAACUUAUAGAAGAAUAGUUAGUUUAAACAUAUUAAUUCUCUGGUCAAUAUUAUUCGGUGGAGCUCCUCGAUUUUUUAUAGCAGGACUUGAGCUGAUUUGCGGUGUAUGCAGCAUUGUCAACUAUAGCACAUACUGUAAGUAGAUAGAUACCUGUACUUAGAAAAGUUUUGACCUAACCAUACAAUAUUUUUGAAACUAGUACCUAAAUUUUUAACAAUUCUGAUUAUUUUAAGUAAAAA